AGGAGCAAAUGCCAGCAUGACUAGGGUCUGAGGAGGUGCUUCUGUGUUCCUACCGAGGUUUUGCAAGUGCAGAGGAAGGGUGCAAGGACAGCAGGGACAUUUUGAGCUACCAUGGAUAUUCCCACUGAUUUGGUGCCGUCCUCCAUGAUGUCUCAACCUGAGGAGAUUGAGUCCACAGCCAUGAGCGAACCACAGUGCUACUACAAUGAAACCAUUGCCUUCUUUUAUAACCGAAGUGGAAAAUAUCUAGCCACUGAAUGGAACACUGUCAGCAAACUUGUAAUGGGACUGGGGAUUACCGUCUGCAUCUUCAUAAUGCUGGCUAACCUCUUGGUUAUGGUGGCUAUUUAUGUCAACCGCCGAUUCCACUUCCCUAUUUAUUACUUAAUGGCCAACUUAGCCGCUGCGGACUUUUUUGCAGGGCUGGCUUACUUUUACUUAAUGUUCAACACGGGACCCAACACUAGAAGAUUGACUGUAAGCACCUGGCUUCUCCGUCAGGGUCUCAUUGACACUAGCCUGACAGCCUCUGUAGCCAAUUUGUUGGCCAUUGCUAUUGAGCGGCACAUUACAGUUUUCCGAAUGCAGCUACAUACUCGGAUGAGCAACCGGCGAGUGGUGGUCGUAAUUGUUGUUAUCUGGACUAUGGCCAUCGUCAUGGGUGCCAUACCAAGUGUCGGAUGGAACUGUAUUUGUGAUAUAACUCACUGCUCCAACAUGGCACCGCUCUAUAGUGACUCCUACCUGGUGUUCUGGGCUAUUUUCAACCUGGUCACUUUUGUGGUCAUGGUGGUCCUAUAUGCUCAUAUCUUUGGGUAUGUCCGCCAAAGGACUAUGAGAAUGUCCAGACACAGUUCUGGACCCCGCAGGAAUCGGGACACCAUGAUGAGUCUCCUGAAGACUGUGGUCAUUGUGCUUGGUAAGUGCUUACUUUGCCACCUCUGUUCUCCCCACUCUGUUUCUUAUCAGGUGAUUUCAGUAAUGCAUGUGCAGCUUCUGGGAGGUCAGCAGCAUUUGGAAGACACUAGAAGAGGUGGGGGCAAUAAGAGCAUUCAUUACUGUGUUGGUACUAUCAAGCUUAUUUAUGGAAGUGGGUAUCAGACACUUGGUCACUCCGCCCUGUAA